AUGACCUCUAGGGCCAAAGCUUCUCUUUCAGUUGUGGAUGAUGGAUCAAACUGGAGCAUGGGGCAAAGGCAACUUUUCUGCCUCGGGCGCGCGCUUCUAAGGAGAAGUCGGGUAUUGGUGCUUGAUGAAGCAACUGCAUCUAUUGACAAUGCAACUGAUACGAUCCUGCAGAAGACUAUAAGGACUGAGUUUGAAGCUUGUACAGUAAUUACGGUAGCUCACAGGAUACCAACUGUGAUGGAUUGCACAAUGGUGCUUUCGAUUAGUGACGGAAAAAUAGUGGAGUAUGAUGAGCCAAUGCGGUUGAUGAAGAAAGAAGGGUCGCUAUUUGGGAAGCUUGUCAAGGAGUACUGGUCUCAUCUCCACUUCAGAAAUCAGAAGAUGGAUGUCAGCAUUGAUCUCACCCUGACCCUUGGGUUACCCUCUGCAAAUGAUUCUCGAGUACCUCGAUCUCCUUAUCAAGUCAAUACAUCUGCUGCUGCCGGUAGUCAGGGCUUUGGUUCUGGAGCUUCUGCUGGCAACGCUUAUGAGAGAGAAUACUAUGAUGCAACCAGUACUAUCAUGGAGUUCGAGCAGAGAUCAGUCUCAAGAGAAAUGAAGUACUGCGUGAUCGAUGUCUCCAUCACGAAAGGGAAGGUCGGGGGCUCAAAAAAAAGGAAGACACCCCACUCUGAUGAACGCCCCGUGGUGCCGAAACCCGAAGAUCGGAACAGGAGGUGCACCAAUAUCAACUGUCGGGCCUCUCAAACUCCAAUGUGGCGCACAGGACCUCUAGGACCAAAGUCACUAUGCAACGCUUGUGGGAUCAGAUAUCGCAAGCUCAAGCUGAAGGAGAAGCAAGGGGAGGGAGCUUAUUCCGGAGAGGGCAGCUCUAGUGCAUCAUAA